CGAGUGAAAAGCGAUGGUGUAGAAGGCGAUCCGUACGAUUGUUGCGUGCGAUAUGAGUGAAAGGUGCCGUCUAUUGGCAAGCAACAAAGCACCCGUCAUCAACAGCAGAAACAAUAGCAAGGAGUGGAGCGGCUGCAACAAGCGGAAAAAACUUAAGCGCCUUCGAACGGUUCGCAACGGAGCAGCUCGUUGGCAUGGUGUCACGAAAAUCUGUGUGCUGUGCUCGUGACGUGCUUCGAUGUAACUAACGGAUCCUGGAAAACCGCCUCCCCUCCCGAAGCGAGCUAGUUUUCCCGUUCGUUUCGGCGCUUACUGCGGUGUAUGAAGUGUGUGCGCUGCCAGGUCGGGAGUGGACCACGAAAAUCGUAAUUGAAUUAUCCGCCUAACUGUAGUUUCCAAUUCCGUGCGCGCUGUGGCAGCAAAAAGAAAGAAACAAAACCCCAUUACGCAGCCGUAAACGCAGCAGCAUCGUUCACCAGCAUGAAAGCGAUCGAAGCCAAAAUUGUCGUCCUCGGGUCGCAAGGCGUUGGCAAAACGAGCCUGGUCAUGCGGUAUGUCUCGAACGUGUACACAAAGGAAAUAUCCCCCACAAUUGGUGCCUCGUUCUUCACUUGUAAGGUCAAUUUGGAAGAUUUCAAAGUAAAGAUGCAGGUCUGGGAUACGGCUGGACAGGAACGAUUCAAGGCCAUGGCACCACUUUACUAUCGCAACGCGAACGCUGCCUUGCUCGUGUUCGACCUUACGCAAUACAACUCCUUCAACGAAAUCAAAGGCUGGGUACAGGAACUGCAGCGCAAUGUGCAGGAACCGAUGGUACUGUCGCUCGUGGGCAACAAGCUCGACCUGGAAGACAAACGGGCGGUGUCCCGGGAAGAAGCUAUGCUGUACGCAAACUCGAUCGGGGGCAACUAUUUCGAAACCUCCGCAUUACACGAUCAGGGUAUAGAGCAAGUGUUCAUAUCGAUAGCAGUAGGAUUAAUUAAACUCUCCGGGGAGGACGUGUGUUCAUCUCUCAAACGGUACGAAUCGAACGAUUCCCUCGUGCUGUCCGGCUACUCGACACGUGUAAAUGGUGUCGUGCAGAUGGGCAUUCCGGUGGAAAAUGACAGUAUACUUAGCGACGGAAUCGGCAGGCUAGAAACGCCCUCCUGGAGCAGGGAUCACAUAGCGCACGGCGAUGAGCAGCGAGUUGGCUGGUGCUGCUAUUAGAGCCGUGUGUUUGUGUGUGUUGCGGACGAGUGUGUUCUUUUCUUUUUUCGACAGCGUGUGCAUUUCCGCACCGGAACGAACUUACCUACACGGAUUCUAGAUUGGCUCGAUUUGGCGAGAGAUUUGUGAUAGCUUUUUAUAUUUAUACAUAUACACUCCGGGGACGAGGAUCUAAUGUGACGCUUUGCGAAACCGUUGCUAGUAACCGAUGCAUGAAUUCGUUGGCCCCGUUUCGUGAUAAGAAAACAAAAUCAUACAAAAAGCAUAGCUGGCAACAAACAAGACGAAAGCUUUCGUAUAGAACGCUACACCACAAAAUAUAUUAGUAUUUCCUGCAGUUGAACGCGAAAUUAAAACCUAACAGAAAACUAUACCUAAUGGCUGGGCGAGUAGCUUCGGAAUGUACCAACCCUGGGAGGAGGUAGUGAAGGGAUGGUUUGUUACUUAUAUUCUUUGUCUGCAGGCUUCAGCGACCACCGUGACACGUGAAUAGAUCUCUUCCAGCGUGAAGCGUGAGCGAUACGGCUAAGUAAUCGCUCACCCGACGUCUAGUGCAAAUGAACAGUAUGUUCAAAGACUAUCGUUCAGAGGACAACAUUAAGGCAUACACAUUCACUCACGCGCAUAUCUAUUUAUUUAAGCAGAAGUCAAUUAUUUUCGAUCGUCUUACCGACUGUUGACCUUGUAUUGCUUGCAUUUUCAUAUGUAUUACCCAGUUUUUCGGCUC